CCGCGGAGCGCGCACCUCGCAGUCUGGCGGCCGUGCUGCAGCUAUGGGGACAGCGGCCGGCGGUAAGGCGCACUUCCAGAGGGGCAGUCUGUUCUGGUUCGCCGUCAUCAUCCUUUCAUUUGGGUAUUACACGUGGAUUGUCUUCUGGCCUCAGAGUAUUCCUUACCAGAGCCUAGGGCCCCUGGGCCUCUUCACUCAGUACUUGGUGGACCACCAUCACACCCUCCUGCACAAUGGGUAUUGGCUUGCCUGGCUGAUUCACGUGGGAGAGGCCUUGUAUGCCAUGGUUUUGUGCAAGUCUAAAGGCAUCACGGACGGUCGGGCUCAAGUGCUCUGGUUCCUACAGACUUUCCUCUUUGGGGUGGCGUCUCUCUCCAUCUUAAUUGCUUACAGACCGAAACGCCAAAAACAAACUUAAGGAAGAUAUUCAAAUGCUUUCCCUACACUUUUGACCUUCAACUUCACAAGGCAAGGAAGCUGCUGACUUUACUUGAUCUUUCUACUUCCCAGAAGUUUAAGACCCUCUAGUUAGUCAUUACUUCAUAUGCUCUCGUUGAGCCCGACUCAUGACAAGGAAGGAUUUAAGCUUCCCAGUUCUGCAGACAGGGUUUCCAGCUGUCUUCUUGAGGUCCUCGGCAGUGCCGGGGCUCAUUCUAUCUGGUGUAAGCUGUGCACUAAAAUUCCUUAUUGGUAUAAUUUUGUUCCCGCCUUCUGACUAAAAUACUACACUCUUUUCACCCCAUCUUAGCUUGUCUUUCCCCCAGUUUACUGCACCUUUCUGAACCAAGACAGAGUGACAUUUCCAUAACAUAUCAGUUCCAAGCACAGUAGGCAUCUGUGAGGCAGGAUCGUAUCCUCUCGAACUUCCUUUUCUCUCAGCACCAAGAAAGAUCAGAAAGAUGAGCAGAUGCAUGGAAUGGGCCAGGCUGAGCAGCGACAUAGAGGCACAGAGGACACGCCGGGUGCCGAGAGGAGAGGACUGGGGGACGCCUUCUCUGGUCUUGCCAGCCGGAAGCCAGCCUUCCCUCCAUGCACCCCUAGGGCACAGCACUCUGGUGUGCAGGGGUCUGAAGGCCGCUGCUGGGUUGCUGCUUCUGGUCAGGCUCACAUCUUAGACAGAUUUUUGUUUCGGCAGCUGGCCCAUUGCCUUGCCCACAGGUGUCCUAGCAGUGUUUUCUGGAUGAAGGACGGAAACUGAUGUAACUUUGCACAUGUUCAGCGUCAUUCCUGUGGUUCUGUGGAAACCGCAGAACCCACUCAGUGGACUCUCUUCUCCGAGAGGCACAGGACCGCCCGUGGCUGGUGGCGUCACCUUUAUGUGGGCCCCCGGGUGGGAAGGCUGUAUCUUUUUCCCAGACUCUAACAUCUCCCUCCAGCUCUGGCUUACUCUUAACACGGACAUUCCUGAGCUAGAGUUUCUAACUGGAAGCUAGCGACUACCUCUCCCAUUCACCUGAUGGGACCUUUUUACUACUGACUGGUCACAGCAGGAGGGUCACUGCCUCUGCCCCCUGACCUUGGCACAAUGACCCAGUCACCCAGGGGCCAUUAAGGUUCCUUUCCAGGAGGACCUGUUCUCGAGGGACUAGACCUUAGUUUUCCUUCUAUGAUGCAGGAGGGCAUGUUACCUGUUUUAAGCAAACAUUUACGAGAGGCAGCCCCCUCGCCCCAAAAGAGGCCCCAAGUAAGUAAGAGUACAGCCCUGCAAGGUGAUGGACUAUGAAUUGUUUCUGGUGGCGAUCACUUUCUACAACUAAAUUUCAGUUUUUCCAGUUGCCCUGGUGGUGAAGGGGUUGCCUUUUGGUGAAGAGAGAGGUUUUUAGUCAUAGGGUGAAACACCAUGGAAACCUAACCCAGAUUUUUUAAAAGCAUGGCCCUCUCAAAAGAGAAAUAAUAACGACAAUAUUAUGGUGAUGGCGACAGCAACGAUGUGGCAGAUUAUUGAACGAAAUGGAUUGACUUGAAUAAAUGCUGUGAAUUGCCUUCUGUUCAAAUGUU